UCCUCCCUUCCCACCCGUUUUACCCGUCUGGGUCAGGUGGGUCUGCAGGCCCUGCUGAUGCACUGUCACUGCUGGUACCAAAGGGCUUCUAACAAAGCGAAACCUUCCCUCCCUGCCCCCUCCAAGGGCAGUAGUUACUCCAACAAUGCUUCACUUCGAGGGUACCGCUCCUGGUCCUAAGGAAGGUGGAGAGGAGCCAAGGAGGAAGCUGUCUCAGGCUUCCCACGAGGGAGUAACAAUCAUACAAUCCUAGUAAGGAUUAUUUUGCCAGCACUUGAUUUCUGCCCGUGGAAUGCAGGCGAGUCCCAGACUCCACCAGCAGCCCGGGGACCACCCAAGGCGCAGGACGCUGCUACCUUCUCUGGAAUUCAGCAACUUUUUGGUUCACUCAGUUCGGGCCACUCUCCAGCUUGUCACUCGAGGGCAGGGCACGCCCCAUCGGGAGGCUAUUUGAAGAGGCUCCCGUGUGCACCAUUCUCCAAACGGAGCGGAGAGGGAGCGAGAGGGCGAGCUGUCAGUCGGAAACCUGCCCUGCCCCGCUCGCUCAGGAUGUGCGACAGCUUUGGAGCAAUAACCGGGGCUCUGCUCCUCCUCCUCCUCACGCCUGCUGCCGAGGCCGAGUCACCGGCGUGUUCAUACCCGUGCCAGUGCCCCUCCCAGCCGCUGCAGUGCCCUGUUGGCACCAGCCACGUGUGGGAUGCCUGUGGAUGCUGUAAGGUGUGUGCCCGGCAGCUGGGUGAGCUGUGCUCCCUUCAGAAACCCUGCGAUCACCACAAGGGACUCUACUGUGACUUCUCCAAAAUCCACCGAGCCAGCGGGAUCUGCUUAGCCCACGAGGGGGCGACCUGCGACCUGCUGGGGAAGAUCUAUCACAACGGCGAGAGCUUCCAGCCCACCUGCCAGCUGCAGUGCAUCUGCAUGGACGGUGCCAUCGGGGCCCCCUCCCCGGACUGCCCGAGCCCCCACAGGGGGACACCCCAGGCCCAGUGCUGCGAGGAGUGGAUUUGCCAAGGGGGCAGCCAGGAAAAUCGCUUUGAAACAACCAGGGCUGUUCACAGGCAGAACCCAGCGCCGAGGCCUGAGCUGAAUGGCCUCCAGAACUGCCUCGUCCAGACCACGGCGUGGAGUGCCUGCUCCAAGAGCUGCGGGAUGGGCAUCUCUACCCGCGUCACUAACGACAACCCCCAGUGCCGCCCGGAGAAGGAGAGCCGGCUCUGCCUGGUCCGGCCCUGUGACUUCCUCCUGGAGCAGAUCAUCAAGAAAGGAAAGAAGUGUGUGCGGACCCCAAAGCCUCGCCAGGGAAUCCGCUUGGAGUUCUCAGGCUGCACCAGCAGCCGCUUUUACCGGCCCAAGUUCUGCGGCAGCUGCACAGACGGACGCUGCUGCACGCCGCACAGCACCAGCACCGUGGAGGUGGAGUUCAAGUGCCCAGAGGGAGACGUCUUCCAGCAUAAGAUAAUGUUCAUCAAGACGUGCUCCUGCCACCGGGACUGCCCCAGAGACAACGACGUCUUCCUGGCCACCUACCGCAGAUGGAUGAUUGGGGACCAUGUCAAGCUAGAGAGACAGUAGCCACUCCUCUCCCUGAUCCCUGGGCCAGUGCAUUGAGUGCUCUCGAAUGCCUGCUCCCUGAAUCCCAGGACAUGGCCGUCUCUCCCCUACCCCAGGGACUCUUUGGCACUGGGGCACCUGGCCAACGAGCCAAGCAGCGUGGAGGAGCAGCUCCUGGGCCCCCUGUGCGUGGGGAUCUUGGAUGAUGCCAAUCCUGCUGAGCUGGUUCCUUUUGUGGACGUGGAGGCAGAAUGGAACUAGGCUGGAAAGAGAAGUGGGCCUGGCCUGAAAUCCCGAUCCAUGUUGCCCACGCGCCCAGGCCGUCUGGAUCUGGAUCUAAGCCUUGUGGCCUGGGCCCGUUCCUAGCUGAAAGUGCAGUGGGGGAACAAUUCCCUUAAAGCUGCUGGCAGCAAAGCCAGGGCAGGAGGCAAAGGAGAGGCCCAGGAAGUGAGAGGCCCUGCAUCGGUGUGCCAGCACAGUUCCCCAUUAUCUGUCCGCAGUGCGGCCCUGUGCAUGGCCCAGGUUGGGUGAGUGGGGUGGUUGUCAGUGACUCUGAACUGACUGACACCUGCCACAGCUCGGUGCUGUGGGACCAAUGCUCCUCCCUGGCAUCAGCCGCUUUUCAAAAGCCAGGGAGAAGAGGAGAGAGGGAAACAAUGGGAGCCAGCCCAUCCUAUUGCAGGCACCUCUUGGGCCUGGGAGGCUUUCUUUGGAAAAUCCAAACCCCGGCCAAGACGUCCCCAUAGAUGAUGGGACUGCGCCAGGCUGUCCCUCUGCCCACUGUCAGUGCUGAAAGGGCGCCUCCAGGGCAGGCCUCGGCACUUUUUCAAACCAGAGAGCCAAACGACAUGCAAAUUCAGAGCAAGUGGUCAGCAAAGGGCCCAUUUGCAUGAUUAAAAAAUACAAUGUACUAUUAUUGAUAGUUGACAUGACUGAUAAUAGCAUUACAUGAAACAUUGUACUCGCACUUUCAGAGAAUCCUAGAACACUGGGACUGGAAGCGCCCUCGAGAGG